AUGCCGCAGCCGUUUCCGAUCAUUAUGAGCACCCCCUUCCCUAUCGCCUCGCUCGCGCACGUCACCUCGUACUUGCAGUACAUCGAUGUGAUCCUGGAACUACACGACGAUGCGGAAGACUCCCCAGAGGCGCAUGACAACUUGCCCUUGUGGGUGACCAGGUCUUGCGAUCUCAUUACUAGCUCCAUGCGAAGGGCACGACUCCAAUGUAGCACGCCGCGAUUGGUCCGACACGGAUACCAUGAAGCAGUUUUCCGCGUCUCCCUGCAGCACGUGAGCUUAUUCAUUUGUCAGACAACGGCCUCUGUUUGUUUGGACUGGUGCGGGGUUCUACGUGAUCUUCUAGAUUCCACGGAACAUUUACAGCUGCAUCUUGCCCGCAUACCUCAAGCUGCUCUACGACAGGGUGCUCCGUGCAAACUUUUCUACUUCGACGACGAGGAGGGCGUCGAGACCACCAUUUCCGUCUUACGACCGUUUACACUCGGGACGUGCCUUGUCCCCGCCUACUUCCCAUGGUCCGUGAGCGGUCCCGAUCCCGCACUCCACCCCGUCAUCAUCCAGCACGUGCGGGAGGCGCUCCUCAACCGCGAGUACGAGGCGGAAGACAAGUUCAGAACAGUCGACUUAUUGAUUGUCUACAUCAGGGCCCACUUCACCAGCUUUAUCGCCGACUUGCCAACGGCCAGCCCGUGUACCCGAUUGCUUUCGAAUCCACCGACUUGGGAGACGAUGAUGACGAGAUGUUGCAUUCACCUUCACGACCUCCAGGUCGCCGCCACCUACCGCCGCAACCACAUAAACUCCUUGGAUCCUUCCUGGACUUUUACAUUGCGGCAUCACCGGUUAUACGACAAGUUCUUCCCCAUCACGUUUUUGGACGCCUUUCCUGGGUACGAGCUUUAUGGUUUCUACAACUUCAUCGCUUGCGGUUUGCUACCACCACCAACCACCGCGGCCUUCAGGAUCUAUUUUUCAACUCAGACGUACAGCGUUACACUCUACGACAUCACCUACAGUCCAGCGUCGUUUACAUCAAAGUAUCCCACAAGCACCCCGGAUGGUAUAUUGGUUCCACCAUCCACACGGUCACCGACCGGGAAGUCAGCCGCCGGUCGAAAUACAAUCAACUUUGCUCCGGCACACAAGCGUUCUUCGAACCUGCCCUGCGCAUCUGGCACGCGGCCGGCCCUUAUUGCGACAUAUCACCCACACUUGAAUGCCCCCUUCGUGUACACGUUUCUACGGAAGCUGGGGGUGCAGCUGGAGGUACCCAUGAUCGUCACCUUCUUGGAAGGUGGCAACGGAGCUCGUCUUCUACGUGCUCAUCAUCGGUAUACUCACUACCGGGACCUACCGGAACUUCUUGGCACUCGCUCCCUCAUCGAGCAACGGGAGACACUCGCCACGAUCAUACAAUAUGUCGGCAGCAAUGGCAUUCUCAAGUUCUUUUCACAACGAGUGUUACGUCGGAAUAGCACUCCUAUCGCCUACCUCUACUUGCUCGUCCGCUUCCUUGUGUUUGUCGAUGAGGGGACAUUCCGCCUCGUCACCGACUGCUUCCUCUUCCUCAGUUGGCUCAUGACUUUUUACGACAAGCUCAACAUUGGUUGGACAGCUAUAUACUUCAUCACCGAGAAUGGUUUCCGCCUCACCAUCUACCGCGAUAUACCAUUACUGAAAGAAAGGUUUUUGUCUCACACCAAUGGCGACUACAUGGACACACUCUACGGUUGCGACCUGACGGCAGACAGCUACGUGAACUCAAGAACUUACGGGAAAACUCUGAACACAUUGUGA